GCCACGGUGAAUUUUCUUUUAUGUAUAAAUUCUAGUUUUGCGUACAUAAACCGAGUGAAAGUGUUGAAAUACAGAUCCAAAAUUAAGUGGUAUUAUAAUUACAAAGUGAUCAGUGUAUUCUGUGGAAAAUAUAAAUACUGCAAUUCAGACGAAUAAUUAUUAUUAUCGAUUAUUAUUCGUGGGUAGAAAAACCCACGCCAGGCAAUAACGGUUGUGCAUAUAAACAAGAAAAAUGUUUUUUCUUGGGUAUUUUUCGGAGGACCGAACUAUCGCCACAAUAGAUGAAAAAAACAUUUGCCAGUUAUCGGGCACAAAAAAACCGCUGAAGAAAGGCGAGCACGUGCUAGUACAAUGGGGAGAACAUCAGCAUAUUGCCAAGAUCAUAACCUUCAGUCAACAACGAAAAUAUUUGCAAGAACUGGAGUACGACUGGCAUACUGAAGAAGUGAUUGAACCAGGCAUAAAAAUUGAGAAACAACGAGAAAAAAAUAUGGCUAAAAAAAGAGCUUUGGCGAAAGGACGCAAAAAUAUUGAGGAAGCUAAGCAGAAAAAUAUUUUGAAAUACAAUAAAUUCCUUAUUAAGUCGAAAGACACUGAUCAAAAGGUUACCACCAAGGCUGACACAAUCAGGUUGAUGCGCAAAUAUAAAUGUGACGAAUCUAUAAAAAAAACAAAAAAACCACAUGAUGAACAGAUAAAAAGUGAGGAUGAAUUGGGGCUGGACAGGUCUGAGAAUGAGGAGAAAGAGGAUCCGUUGGAGAAAUUAGUAGAUGUGGAUUCUAGGCCAUGCGAAUUCUGCGCAUCAAUCCAAGAUAUUAUUACGCCUGAAGUAAUUACAGCACUUGAGCAUUGUGUCGCCCACCUCAAAGUUCAUCAGAUGAAAAAAAAUACAGGACAGCGAAAGAAGUACGCGUGGGAGAUUCCAGCAUUCGGAAAAGUACAGCUCAUUCCGAAAUCAAAUGUAUGGGUGGAUGGAGGAGAUCUAAAUGAUUUGCUGAAAGCUUAUGGGCACGAUUGGAAGGAGCUACUGAGAAGAAUUCUGAAGUGGCUGAUUGGAGAAUCUGAGCUCGCUUCUAUGACCGCUGCAGGAACGGGGGAAAAGCCCGGAAUACCUCCCGCAUUGUACAACGCUGUUCAAAGUUAUAUACGACUCAAUUGUAAAAUUGGGUUGGCAAAGGAGAAGAGAAAUCCUUUCAAUCGAGUAGUCAACUUGAUGUGUGGGGCUAUGGCUGAAAAAUAUGGAUCGAUGAAAAUUGAACGCGAUGAAGAGAGUGUCGCCGAUAAUCAAGGCACAAAGGAGGAGAUCUUCAGAACAAAAUCCGUGCCGAGGAGAAGGGCUAAAAAGAGAGUUGCCACCAAGAGUCCAACCGCAGUCAUGAAUUCAGAUGAGAGCCCUGACAUUGACGUUAUGAAAUCGGAAAAAAGAAGGAAAGUGAGCAAACGUGAAAUGAUGUGUAGAAAGACAAAGACUGAACCAGUGAAAAAUCGGUUUGAGCAGUCGUCCCAGAACUUGAAGACGAGGAUUUCAGAGAAAAUGAAAAAAAUGGGCCAAGCUGAUAGUUCCGAAAUUGAAGAGGUGCAUGAUUGGGUGAAAUCAAUCAUCCCAAGUGAUGAAUCUGGAGUAAUGGAAAAAAAGAAAAAAAGUUCAAAGAAUAAUCGCUCAAUCUCUGGAAUUUUAUUUGCUGACUACGCUGGCUUAGAGAGCGAAUCCGGUAAAGAAAUGGUCACGUCCACUCCAAACAAUUCUUCUGAGAAACGACCUUUAAAUAUCAACUACUCUAAUUAUAUUGCGAAAAAUCGAUCAUCAAACUCAUGCAUUUUGGGAGAAAUAAGCAGUCCAAGAAAUGAAAACAACAUUUCUCAAAUACUUCCUAUAGACAAAGGAAAUAUUUCAAUUCACCCCCUCGAGUCUCAACAACCCACCAUAGAUGUACCUGGCCAAUUAGUCGCACCAUUAGUUGAUGCAGGGUGCAAUGGAGAUGAAAGGACUACAACGGCAAAACUUGGCGAUGAUCAAGUUAAUAAAGAGAAUCAUCACAGUGAACACGCUGCAGUGACUACAAGACAGUGUCACACUGCAGAAGCUUCUCAGCACCCAUGGAGCUUCCCGAAAUCAUCCAAUUAUCAUCAGCCAGUUCAUCCAACACUCUAUCAAGGUCAAUAUGAUAAUACAUUUUAUCCCGGUUAUUUUCAAUAUUCUCCUGGAUUUUAUGACCACACAAAUCAUGCAAUCAACCCUGAAAUAACUCCUUCUGAUGUGUACAAUCCCAACUAUAAUUAUUAUCAACAUUAGAACAAUCUCAAAAUUCAAUUACAUGUUUACGACAAAUGACUACUAUUAUCAAAAAAUGUUGGCAUUUUUUACUGUUUUUUCCAAUUAGCCAUGCCUAAAAAAAAUUCUCA